AUGCAAGAUGUUGUUAUUACUGCUAUUCCCAAGAUGCGGACUGCAACAUUUAUUACUUCUGAUCCAAAGAACUUCUUGAUGGUGGGUUCACUUUCUCAAGCCAUGUUAUCUAGGGUUCCUACUGAUCAUCCUAUAAUUGUUGAAUACUUGAAUACUACAGUUUCUACUAAAGAUGUUGGAUCUAAAUCAAUUCAUGAAGAAGAAAAUCCAAAGAAGAAAGGAAAAAGUUCUAAGCGAAGAGGGAAAACAAUUGUUUCUAAGAAAUCUAUAAAGAAAAAGAUGCAAAGGGUUCCUCAAGUAGUUGUUGAAGAAGAAUAA